AUGGUCAAACCCCUCACAUUCAAAGGCGACAAGCCCAAAAAACGCAAAAUCCGCACCGCAGACACCGACGCCCCAACCCCGAAAUCCCGCAAAACCACCGACCCAGAACCCGAAGACAACCCCGACGACCAAAGCUGGGUCUCCGCCGACUCACCAAGCGACAUCGCCGGCCCAGUAAUCCUAGUCCUCCCCUCCGACGACCCAACCUGCGUCGCAAGCGACGCGAUCGGAAAAGUCUUCGCCAGCAAACUCGAGAACCUCGUCUCAGGCGAUCCGGGCACCGCGGAGCCGCACGACGUGCGCCAGGUCUGGGUUGCGUCGCGGGUUGUGGGGACGGAGUCGUUCAGUUUCAAGGGCCAUCAUGGGAAAUAUCUUUCUUCCGAUUCACAUGGUAUCUUCUCUGCGACCGCUUCCGCUGUCGGCCACUACGAAUCGUUCCUUGUUAUUCCCUCGCCUGAAGUCUCGGGGACGUUCUCGUUGCAAACGCAUGGUGGGGAUGCGGAGCUUUUCCUCUGCGUGAAAGAGAAUAGCAAGGCGGCUGGGGGGGUUGAGAUUCGCGGGGAUGCGAGUGCGAUUUCGUUUGAGACGACGGUGCGCGUGCGCAUGCAGGCGCGGUUUAAGCCGAAGUUGCGGGCGACGAAGGAGAGCAAGGCUUAUGAGAAGAUCAGUAAGAAGGAGCUAGAGGGGGUUGUUGGGCGGAGUUUGAGUGAUGAGGAGGUGAGGCGGUUGAGGAAGGGGAGAAAGGAGGGGAAUUUCCAUGAGGUUUUGUUGGAUGUGAAGGUUAGCGGGAAACAUGAUAAGUGGGCUUGA